AUGGCUUGGGCACGAGGGCUGGGCCUGCUGCUGGUGCUGCUGCCCGUGGUCGGUGCCUCCAAGCCGGGCAUCGUGGUCAGACUCAACAAGGAAGUGCUGAGCUACGUGGCUGAAGUCGGGAAAGUCCCUCUCCAGCAGGCCCUGCAGGUCCCUAUCCCACAUUUCCUGGACCGGAGUGGACAGGUGAUCCAGCCUACCAGGAUUCAGAUUCUGAAUGUCCAUAUGCCAUAUCUCCAGCUGAAAUUUAUUGCCGGUUUUGGAAUACGCUUAUCGGCAGCCACCAAUUUUACUUUCAAGAUCUUUCGUGUCCCAGAGCCCCUGCACCUGAUGCUGCCCGUGACGCUGCUGGCUGACACCCUCGUGGCCCAGGGCUCCAUCGGGACCCCCGUGGUCAGCAUCUCUGCCUGCUACUCACUCUUCAACAAGGCCGUCGUGUUUGAUGGUUAUAACAGCACAGCCCCUGCGCUGCUGGCCCCUCUGCAGAAGCACAUCAAAGCUGUCCUGCAGAACAAGCUGUGCCUGAGAAUCUCCAACCUGGUGCAGGGCCUCAAUGUUCACCUGGGCACUUUAAUCGGCCUCAGCCCUGUGGGUCCAGAGUCCCAGGUUCGCUACACCAUGAUCAACGCGCCCAACGUCACUAAAGACUACAUUUCCUUUGAUAUCAACGCUGUCCUCUUCCUGCUGGGCAAGCCCAUCAUCCUGCCUAUGGAUGCCACCCCCUUCGUGCUGCCGUCGCACGUGGGCACCAGCGGUGUCAUGGCAACCGUGGGCCUCUCCCAGGACCUCUUUGACUCUGCCAUCCUGCUGCUGCAAAAGGCUGGUGCACUCAACAUGGACAUCACAGGGCAGCUGAAGUUGAGUAACAACCCGCUGAACACCUCCACGCUGGGCCAGGUCAUCCCUGAGGUGGCCCGCCAGUUCCCCGAGCCCAGGCCCUUGGCACUCAAGGUGCGGCUGGAUGCCAUACCCGUGGUCACACUCCAUACCAACAAUGCCACGUUGAGGAUACAGCCCUUCGUGGAGGUCCUGGCCCCAGACUCCGACUCGGCUUUCCAGUCCCUCUUCUCCCUCGAUGUGGUAGUGAACCUGAGCCUCCAGCUCUACGUGUCUGAGGUGAGACUUCAGGGGACCACGUCUGUGUUGGGGAAUGUCCAGGUCACUGUGGCCUCCUCUAAUGUGGGCUUCAUUGAAAUGGAGCAAGUGCAGUCACUCAUGGGUAACGUGUUUCAGAGGCCCCUGCUGGACCACCUCAAUGCUCUCCUGAGCAUAGGGGUUGCCCUCCCCAGUGUGACCAAUCUCCGCUACAUUGCCCCUGAGGUCUUUGUCUACGAGGGCUACAUUGUGGUGUCCGGCGGACUCUUGUACCAGCGCUGA